AUGUCCAAUAUCAAGACUGUCAUUCGCGAGGUUACCGGCGGUGUAUGGACGUUCUCUCGUCCCUUCACCCGUCUGGGCUUCAUGUAUAUUGGCGGACGCAGUACCGCAAUCAAGUUAUCCAACGGCGGUGUUUGGGUUCUUGCCAGUACAACUCUUGACGAGCCUACGCGCAAGGUGAUAGAUGAACUUGGGCCUGUUCAAUAUCUCAUCGGAGCGGACGCCGUGCACUACAUGUUCCUCGGCGAGUUCCAGAAGGCGUAUCCCGAGGCAAAGCUCCUGACAGUUGAGGAGGUCGCGAAGAAGGCGAAAGAAUUGAAUAUUCGCGUGGAUGGCUAUUGGAGCGACGCCAACCCCGACCAAACGUUUGGCUUCGAAGACGACAUCAAGUCUUGCUACUUCUCCGGCUUCAUCAACAAGGACGUCGCCUUCCUUCACAAGCCCUCGCGCACGCUCAUUCAAGCGGACCUCCUUUUCAACUCUCCCUGUAAAGAGCAGUACUCAAUGUACGGCUGGCCCUGGAACAGGGGAAAGGCUUUCCUCGGAUUGUUCGGUGGAUCGGACCCCUGGUCAAGCACCGCGCAGACUAUGGCAAAGCAGCUGGGGAAGAAGGACCCGGAAGCAAUGAGGAGGGAUGCGAAGACUGUCGCGGAGUGGGACUUUGACAGGAUCAUCCCUUGUCACGGCGACGUUGUUGAGACGCGCGGCAAUGAUGGUUGGCGUUCGGCGUACAAGCACUGGCUCACGCCAGAGCAGAAGUAG